AUGCCUCCUAACCACCAGACCGAAGAUCACCGAGUCUCCAACUCUUCGCCCUCAAAACAAGUACCCCUACCCCAGCACUUCCUUGUUCGCCCCGGAACAACCAAGCACACGGCUUCGGGUACUGCCAUGAUCCCUGGUCCCAUUGUGCCUCUGAUUCCCAUUGAUCAGCUGCCGGAGUGGCUCGACGUUGUCGGCAUCCCCCGCGACUUGACAGUAGAGCAGACGAUGGGCCUCUGCAAUCUGGGAACUGUCGCCAGGUCCUCUGAUUACUACGACGUCCACCUGCUCAACGAUGUCAGACUCAUGACGGCAGCUUCCCCUUAUCAUGGCUCUGAAGACUUGAACAGCCACACUUCUGGACGUAACACUGGAUUGUCGUCGUCCCACAUAAAUCCAUCGAGCUCUAGCUCUCGCAUAGAUCUCUCCGCCAGGGCCUUCACCAUCGGCAAUGCCAACACGAAUUCCAACAAGAAGAACAAUAGCAACAACGGCAAGGCUGACAACACCCAUGUGUACCCCAUCCGCAAGAUCAACGACAACGAUCCGCACAGCACCAGCUGCGGCGCCAACAGCCCCUCAUCCAAGACCUCCAGCACCAUCACCCACAGCAAACCCCAAGGCUUUGACUCCAACCCCAAACCGUUGUCCAAGACGAAGCCCAUCAAGGACCACAGGCCUACCACCAUCAACGCCAACGAUCAAACCCCCAUCGUCCCCCUUAACCCCCGCCUCCCAUCUCCACCCGCGUCCUCGACCGUGCCCAGCAAUCCUUACCCCCUCCUCUGGCCCCACCAUGGUCCUCACCCCGCAUCAUGCUUCCUGUCCACCUCCGCAUCCCCAUUUCCCUCCUCUACUUCCUCCCCACUCCCCUCCUCUUCGACAGCAACAACAGGCUACUACCCCAAACACCUGCACCACCGCGGCGGCAGCUACAACAACAGCACAUCCAACAUCUUCUGCCGACACUGGUGCCACUACGGCACGUGCAAAUGGGGACCUGUAUGCCGAUACCAACACGCGAUGCCACAGACGGUCGAGGGGCUGCGGGAGGUGGGACUCAGUGAUUUUCCGGGCUGGUGGUUGGCGGCUAUGCGGAUGUCGUACGAGACAGGCCAUAUGGGAUGGGUUAUGUACGGUGGUUUAGGCAGCAGCUAUUGGAGCCCGCGGAAGAGGUGGGAGGGGAUAAUUGGAUGGACAAACACAGGAUAUGGAGAUGGUGGUGAGAGACGGGCUGGGGAACGAAGGGCUAUGGCGUGUAGUGGGGGGAGCGAGAUUAAGGGAGAGGAAGGUAGGACAGAUGGAGUAGAUGAUAGUUUGGAGCGGGAGUUGCAUGAAAAUGUGGCUACAGGGGACCAAACAAAAGACAUGGAAGAGGAGAACCGUACCGAGCGCGAGAAAUUGGUUGAUAUUUAG